UAUAGCAUUGAGAUGGCGUAUUGCUUUGCCAUUCAUUGUGUGCACAGGACUGGGGGCAAUGGAACCUGUAGUCUGUUCGGGUUCCCCAUAAACCCAAAGGAGAAGAAGAAAUGGGUUGAUAGAUGCAGACGAGCGGACAGAGAUGUUAACGGGAAUGACCGGAUAUGUAGCUGUCAUUUUGUAGAUGGCAAGAAAGAAAAUGGACCAACUAUUUUUGAUUACCAGAAACAAGAUCUACCUUUCCCAGAAAUGAACACACCACUAAAGAUGCAAAAGGCCGAAGUUGGAGGAAAGGGAAGAUGUGAAAGAAAGCAUACCAGUAGAUGUUACUAAAAUUUCCCAGGACCAUAAUCAUUACACGCAUGACUACAGGGCUUAUGAUGACAUUGAUGCUAAACUACCAAC